CCUGGCAUUGCUUCUCUCUUAACCCCCACACACUAUAAAUUAAACUAACUUCACUUAUUCUCAUCAAACAACUAACUCAAAAAUUGACUCUGCAAAAAGAGCAAAAAAGAAAUGGCAACAGAACUUGAAAUUACGGAGCUUAGAUUGGGAUUUCUUCCUACUUCGUUGGAUCAGAAAAAUGAGAAGAAAAGGGUGUUUUCGGAUAUCGAGAGUGACAGAAGUAGCAGCAAUGCUAACGAUGAUGCUGAUGAUGUUAAGUGUAGAAACAAGAACCAAGUUGUUGGGUGGCCACCUGUUUGUGCUUACCGGAGAAAGAAUAAUAAUCUUGAAGGAUCGAAGAAGUACGUGAAAGUUGGCAUGGAUGGUGCUCCUUUUCUUAGAAAAGUUGAUUUGAGCAAUCACAAGGAAUACGAUGAAUUGGUUAUGAAUCUUGGAAAGCUUUUCGGGUGCUAUGGCAUUUGCGAAGCAAUGAAGGAUGCAGACAAUUCAGAGUACAUUCCGAUAUACGAGGACAAAGAUGGAGACUGGAUGCUUGUUGGUGACGUUCCUUGGCAUUUCCGAUCUUAUUCAGAAGCAGAUUUCUUCGUACUCCGCAUACGUAACUGAGAUGUUUAGUGAAUCAUGCAAGAGGCUAAGGAUAAUGAAGAGAUCGGAUGCAAAAGUGAUAGGGCUUCGAACAAAAGACUUUCUCAAGGGAAUGUCCAAAGAGAAAUGAGGCCAUCGCUUGAUUAGUGAGAAAUAGAGUGAUUGACCACUGGGUUAGUGGCCUCUCAUAUCAUCAAUUAUGUUAAUGUUAUAUGUUUAAUUGUAUCUUAAUCUGCAUCAUAAUGUAGAUGUAAUUUUAGGUGUUAAGUAAGACAUAAUUAUAUUAUUUCCUCUUCUAGCAACUUCUUACGUGA